GGAAUCGGGGCUUGGUGUCCCAGCCCUCCCCCAGUCCCUGAAUACCCCUAAAGUCCCUCCCCACCAAUCAACCAAUUUUUAACAUGACAAUGGCCAUGACAAUACCUUCCAGCCAAGGCCAGGCUGGAGAGGAGUUAAAGCAUCGCCCCCUCCCCCCUCAGUCCAAUGGGGCACUUGACCGCGGGCUGCCUGCCUCCUCCACCGCCACAGCGCCACAUGCUUGGGGCUGGGGGUCCCGGCCCGGCCAUGAGCUCCCACCUGGCCAUGCCGUCCUGCCUGUCCUACCCACCUGUCCUGUGUGGGGACUACUAUUGGCUCUCUCCAGGGAACACGGACACCGUGCCCGCCGAGGAGGCUCCGGCGACGGACGCCCUACCCUUGCCCACGACGGAGAAGACGUCCAGUCCCCCAGAUGACUCUCCAGCUUCUUCCAGCUCUGGGACACUCACCCAGUACUACACCCCUGACUCUGCCACCAGUCCCACCGCAGCAGCAAGCCCGUCUCCCCACUCCUCUUUCCAGAAGGUCAAGGCGCAAGGCAAAGGUGUAGUGAAGACGGGCAAGAGCCGCACAGCCUUCUCGCAGGAGCAGCUUAAAGCCCUACACCAGCGGUUCCAGAGCCAGAAGUACCUCAGCCCCCAGCAGAUUCGGGAGUUGGCUGCUACCCUUCAGCUCACCUACAAGCAGGUGAAAACAUGGUUUCAGAAUCAACGGAUGAAAUUCAAACGUUGCCAAAAGGAGAGCCAGUGGGUGGAAAAAGGGCUGUAUCUACCACAGAAUGGGGCUCCUCAGGCUGCAUACCUGGAUAUAAUGCCCACAUAUCACCAGGGCUUCCCUGUCGGUUCGAGCAGAAACCUUCAGGCUACGACCAACAUGCACCAGGCGUACAGUAGUGGACAGACUUAUGGGAAUGGGCAGAGCCUGUACUCAUUCGUGGCUGUGGAGGAUGAGGGGCUCUUUGGAAAAGGUGGGACAAGCUGCAAUACCCAGCAAGCUGUGGGUUUAUUAAGCCAGCCAAUGAACUUCUAUCACAGCUACUCUGACAACGUGGAUUAUGUCAGCCUGGAGUCAGAAGACACCUACGGCUUCCAGAGUACUUCUGACACUGUCACACCAUUUUUGAGCUCUCCUAUACAGCAUCAAUGCCAGGUCCCUUGGCAUCCCAUGGGGGCCCAGAGUGGUUAUGAGUCUCAGGCUUAAGUAUUUUUUGCUCCCUUUUCUUGUGUUUGCUCAUGGAGUUUCCAGGGUCUCAGCUCAGGGAUAUAGAUUCUAUUUUUUAUCUUGUCCUACUGCUGUUUUAACCACCGGAGGAGGGGCUCAGCACCUUGCUGACUUGGGCUAGUUUUCUAUUUAAAAGUGCUUGUCUGUUCAGAGCUAACCCUUGGCAAAAGUGUUUUGUGUGUGGAUAAGAUGAAACUUCAUUCAUUAAGGUCAGUGUGCAAUGCCACGGCUGCGAGUAGCAGAGGUUAUAAAGGUUUGUGUCUUGUUCAAGUCUCACCUUCCUUUGCUGCCUGUUUAGCAGGUGAUCUCUGAUCCUUGCCGUGUAUCUCCUCUCAGAGCUUUCACUGCAAAGAAGGCAAACACUUGUUGUUGUAGAAUAAUUUUUCAUAAAGUAGUGUUUUUGUUAGGUUUUUUUGCAGUAAUAUCAAGCAUGUAUUAUGUUAUGUGCAUGUUGUCUUUUAUUACUGUGUUUCUGCCUAAUGUUCUUAAUGUUGCAGAAUAAUUUUUCUUAAAGUGGCGUUUUUGUUUUUUUGCACUGAUAUCAAGCAUGUUCUAUGUUAUGUGCGUAUUGUCUUUUAUUACUUUGUUUCUGCCUAAUGUUCUUAAUGUUCUCAUGAUCCUGUUUAAUGUUCUUAAUGUUCUUACAAAUUUGUUUUAAUUGAAAAUAAAUUACUUUAUUUUAAUGUUGA